AAGUCACUGCGACGUGUACUAAGCAUUAAAUAAAAAAAAAACAUGAAGUUUCUAACACUUUUAAUAUGCACACUAAUUGUAGCGCAAAGUGCAGCACGUGAAAUUGAUUUAGUGCAAAAAUUGCGUGCAAAACUUCAUCAGCAAGCGGCGCAGCAGCCGGAAACGCGCGUUGUGGGCGGCGCGGAUGCAGCAGCGGGCGGUGCACCCUACCAGGUGUCCAUUAUGAACACCUUUGACGAACAUGUCUGCGGCGGCAGCAUCAUUGCUAACGAAUGGAUAUUGACUGCAGCUCACUGCCUGGAGUGGCCCACAAAGUAUCUGCUAAUUGUGACUGGCAGCAAUGAUUACACCAAGCCUGGCGCGGUGUACGAGGUGGACUACGCCAAGAUACAUUGUCAGCAUAAUAAGCCAAUGUAUCAUAAUGAUGUAGCACUCAUACACACUAAAACGCCGAUUGUUUAUAAUGCGCGCACUCAGCCCAUUCAGUUGGCUACGCAGAAUAAAAUGCAGACAGGCGACAAGCUCAAGCUUACAGGCUGGGGCGCCAUCAAGGCUUGGGGACGUCAUGUCACGCAGUUGCAGGAGAUUGAGCUAAAGUAUUUGGCGCACAGCAGCUGCGCGUCCAAGGUGCGCAAUUCCGACUGGCUGGGUGAUGGACACAUUUGCACGCUCACCAAAGAAGGCGAGGGCUCUUGCAAUGGAGAUUCAGGUGGUCCGCUGGUGGAUGCAAAUCAAACGCUUGUGGGUGUUGUCAACUGGGGCGAAGCCUGCGCCUUGGGUGUUCCAGAUGUCUUUGCUUCUGUUGCAUAUUAUCGUGAUUGGAUAACAAAGAUGAUGACACCACAGGGUGUUGCCUGUUAACUGACUCGCUAGAUAAGUCAGCAAGCCAGCGCGAACAAACAAAAGCACAAACAACAAAAGCCACACCGAACAAUUUAUAAUUAUAUCUACUUAUACUAUAUAUAGACCGUAUACUUUUUAUCGUUUAAUUUAUGAACUCUAAUAAUAAAUACAAGCUGCCUGCACAUUAAUAAA